AUGGGAGAGAUAAUUGCCACUGAUUACAUAGAAAGAUGGAGUUGUGGUACACUCUUCACAAUUCUCUAUCUCAAUUUCUAUGUUUGGAGCUUUUACGCUUUUCUUCAUCUUGCUUGCACUCGUUCACUUGGGAUGCUUGACAGCUCCACUUACAUCAACUCUUCCUUUGGUGUCUUCACCUUUAUUAUAGGUGGUCGCCUUUCAUUACAGGCAUUCAUACCCUCUCAAUUAGGUGCCUUUGCAACAGCUCAUAUUUCCAUCCUUGCAUGCAUUGGAAAGGUCUUCGAUAUUGUCUUCAUUAAGAGCACAAGAGAUUUUCUGUUGUACAACCUUAACACAGUCUCAGCUCUGAGCUUUAUCAGGGAACACUUCUUCUCCUUGUACUUGUUGUCUCAUUAUAGUACCUUGCUAGAUCCUAUGGGUACUCCUGCACAGUCUUCAUAUUCCCUCGUGCAAUUUCUAUUCACCAGAUACGUGAAAGGAAGUGUCUUCAUUGAUUGUAAUGACAAUGGGGCAGAAUAUUUGGAAGCCAAAGCUAGUGGUUGCCUCUCUGAAUUUCUCAAGGAAGGAGAGCUUGAAACCGAGCUGAGGAAUCAUUUAGCUCCACCAAUAUUUCAACCAGAAGAAAGCCCUUUGCUUAUAGUUCAGUUCAACAUGUUUGAAUGUGGUGGACUUGCCAUUGGUAUAUCUGUGACACACAAGAUAGUUGAUGGAUUCACUUUGUUUACAUUUGUUGAUGCUUGGGCUACUGCGUGCCGAAUAGGAAUCGACAAAGUUCACUCCCCAAGUUUCCAAUUGUCUUCCUUCUGCCCACCAAAAGAUAUGUCUUCCAUCAAGACUUUUUCCCCGAGGAGCAAAAGAGAUAACACGAUUGUCGAGAAAAGGAUUGUGUUUAAUGGCGCAGCUCUAUCAAGUCUGAAAGCAGCUGCUCAUGUCAACGUUAAUAAUUCAGGAUCGCUGAAAAACGAACCAUCACGAGUGCAAGUGGUGACAGCUUUCAUAUGGAGGGCUCUCAUCAAGGCCUCUCAAGCCAGAUAUGGAUGCUUAUGUCCUUCUUAUCUAACACACAUAGUUGACAUGAGAAGGAGGACAGCGCUACCGAUUCCAGGGAAUAUGUGUGGAAAUUUUGGAAACAUGUCAAUUGCACAAUUCAUGAUGUGGUAA